AUUUGGUCAGUCAAGUGGCUUAAGGUGAAGAACAUCAAGAGACUGAAAAAUGAAGACUGUAGCCACUCUACUUGUUUUGGUCAGUUUGGCCAUUUUUGUUAUUGAAGGGAGGCCCGGGAUUGGAAUCCAAAGAUGUUUAUGUCAUGGUGCUGGUCUCGAAGCGGUGAGGCCAAAGCUGAUAGAGAAAGUCGAAAUUCACCCUGUUAGUCCAACCUGUGGACAUCUGGAAGUUGUUGUGACGCUGAAGAAUGGUGCAGGACGAAGAUGCUUGAACCCAGAGUCACGGUUCACCAAGUAUAUCAUUGAGAGUCUUGCAAAAAAGACCCGGAGUGCUCAGUAAAAUAUGUGAAGUGGUUCAACUGUGAUUUCAAGCAGGGAGGUGGUGGCCACUGUGGACUCAUUCCAAAGACCUUUAAAAGCUUUAUUGUUUCUUUCAUGUAUUACAAUAAAGUACUUUAGAUGUUACAUUUACACAUAAUGAGUAGUUUAAUUUUUAAAAGAAAAGUGUUGUGUAAUGUCAGUGGAAAGCAUCAAAUAAAAUCUGUGUAAUCAAAGUAAAUGUUU